UCUGGGACUGUGUACUAUUGAUUAUAAGGGAAGUUUAAUGGGUCGUUUUUAUGAAAUAUAACCGAAUGACUUGUACCUAUCCACGACAGGCUUUAAUUAUCGGACAGUAGACAGUAUAUGGAGAGGGUGGAUGUGGCUGUAAAAGGUAGUUUUCACGCUGCUUUUGGUGAAGGAAGACGCAAAGCUACACCGCAGGAAUAAGAGGUCACCAGAUCAUUUGGCAUCAGCACUACAGUUAAAUUCUCUGAAAUGGACAGUGAGGAUGAGCUGGAUGAUCUGGGUGUUCUGACUGCGCUGCUGGCUGAGAGCGAGGGUGUUGGUGAAGAACAAGAAAGUCAGGAGGAGGCAGACGACUUGGACGGGCUGUUUGAUGAGGACAAUGAUGGGGAAGAGUACAACGAGGGCAUCGAGGACGAAAAGCACAAUGUGGGCACAGUGGACGAGAUGUCGGAGCUCUUUGGAGAUGUGGAUGACAUCGAACACGAGGAGAAGAACAGUAACGCAACAGAAAGUGCCUGUGAGAACCUGAAUAGGUCUCAAGAGGAUUUACAAGAGGAGUUGAGGCAGAUGAAAGAGCAGAUGCAGAGGUUGCAGCAGCAGCUGGAGGCCAGCCAGAAAGUGACAACCCCAUCAGCCACUCCAACCAAGACUUCAGGAAGCUCAGCAUCUCUCGCACCAGUGACCCCCAAACCUGCACCUACCCGACAGCCAACCUCCAAACUGAGCCAGGCCAAACCAGCCGCUAACACACAGAAGACACAAGCAGCAUCUUCAUCCACCCCAGUGAGAACAGGAAGCCUCAAACUCCAGGAGUCCUCUGAGUUUUCUUCUCAGCUCAACAAUGCUGACUCAUUUAAACGCAAACCGAGAGUGGCUCACCAACCUAAACCCAGCACAUCACCAGAAAGCAGAGGACCACUGGUAGAGAUCAAGAUCGGCAGCUCCUUCCAGCCCAUAGAGAGCACCAGCAAGGCUCCUGAUCCUCUGCGCUCAGCUGCAGCCUCACAUAACAGACCUGCAGCAGCUACAUCAGCAGGGCAGCCUAAACCCGCUCCUUAUCCUUCUCUUCCUAAAGACGUGGCUGUUGAGAAAUAUUCAGGACUGCGGCUCAGAAAACCCCGUGUUUCCUCCAGCGAGAUGGACCGUAAGAUGGCUGACCGCCGUCUGAUCCGUCUGUCACAGGUGCCGGAGCGAAUGGCUCAGGAAAAGCUGGAAGACAGCGACUGGGUGACGUUUGCUGUGCUGGUCAGCAAAGCCACGCCUCAAAGCAACAGCAGUGGCAAAACCUUUAGCAUCUGGAAACUCAGCGACCUCCAUAACCUGGAAGUCUUUGUCUCUCUGUUCCUGUUCGGUGAAGUUCACAGAGAGCACUGGAAGACGGAGACUGGCACAGUCAUCGGAAUCCUCAACCCAAACCCCAUGAAGCAGAAAGAUGGAUACGAUGGGGUGAGUCUGACGGUGGAUCACCCACAGAAGGUGCUGCUGAUGGGUGAAGCUCAGGACUAUGGUACCUGCAAGGGUGUGAAGAGGAACGGAGAGCCAUGCUCGCAGAUUGUUAACAUGUACGAAUGCCCGUACUGCCAGUAUCACGUCAAGGCCCAGUACAAGAAGUUGAGCUCAAAAAGGGCCGAGCUGCAGUCAUCUUUUUCAGGAAGAGCCCCCAGCAAAGUUAUGGGGAAAGGGAAGGGAGGCAGCCUGCGAGAGCGGCUGUGUCAGGACGGUUUCUACUACGGCGGCGUGUCCUCAGCAGCCUGCGCCGCCUCACUGACUGCGUCCAAACCGAACAAACCCACCCAGAAAACUCUGGACACGCUGUUUGUGAGAGGCUCGGCUCAGCUCGUCAGUCAGGCCAAGAGGCUCGCCAUGCAGUCCGGUGAAGUUGCAGGUUGUUCAAAUGAAUUUAAAAGCCUGCUGUCAAUGCCAACACCUGGAGCUCUGCAGCUCAAGAAGCAUCUUGCACAUGGCAGCCAGUCAGUUUCCAAAGAUAAAUCCGUAGUUCCUCUUCAGUCCAUCUCGGCCUCAGACCUGCUGAAGCAGCAGAAACAGAAGCAGCGGGAGCUGCUGGAGAGCCGGCGGCAGAGGCUGGAAGAAGUCCAGAAAAGGUCACCGCAGAACUCAGGUGGUGCGAUCGGGCGAGAUAGUUUAACGUCCCCAAAAGCUGCUUCCGAGGUCCCCACAGCCUCCCAAAGCCCAGCAGCGCCCCGUACUCCAACACUGGGCCGAGGCUUCUCCAAGGGCGAAGAUAUUGUCUUCUUUGAUAACAGCCCCCCAUCAGCUCCUCCUCCCAGCACCCUCAGCCUAUCAGCUGCCAAGUUGGCUGCUCUGAAGAAGCUAAGGGCUAAAGGCAUGGGGCUGAAGAAGGAAGACCCCAACGCUGUGAAGAGGAAGAGGAAUAACAGCGGUGACAUCAGCGCCCGAGUAGAGCGAAAUCGCACCUCACCGAGUGGUGAAUCUUCCACUAAUGAGGCUGAGGAACCAGCACAGAAAAAGAAGCGAGAACAACUCGACUACAUCCAGUCAGAGGAGUUUCAGAAGAUCCUGAAUGCCAAAUCUCGCCACGGGGUUGUCCUUCAAGCGGCGGAGUACCAGCUGCAGGAGCGCUACUUCAGUGCUCUGGUGAAGAAGGAGCAGAUGGAGGAGAAGAUGAGGAGCAUCAGAGAGAUGAAGUGUCGUGCUGUCACCUGUAAAAAGUGUAGUUACACCUACUUCAAGCCGGCCGAUCGUUGUGUGGAGGAGAACCAUGAUCUGCGGUGGCAUGAUGCCGUGAAGCGCUUCUUCAAAUGUCCCUGUGGACAGAGAGCCAUCGCUCUGGACAGGCUGCCACACAAGCACUGCAGCAACUGUGGUCUGUUUAAAUGGGAGCGUGAUGGGAUGCUGAAGGAGAAAACUGGCCCUAAGAUCGGCGGAGAGCUCCUCCAGCCUCGAGGAGAGGAGCAAGCCAAAUUCCUCAACAGCCUGAAGUGAUUUAUUAUUGAGGGAGCAACAUUUGGACUUUUAUGUUUGUAAUUUAAGGCUUCAGUAGCAUUUUACAUGUGUAUCGGUUGUGUUUUAAAUUUUAGCUAUUGAUUAUGAGUGAUUAAUGUCUGUGAUGAUAUCAGAUAUGCUGGAAAUUGGCUGAUUAAAGCAGUAGUUUAUAAUGA